AUGGAAAGUAUUGACUCCAGGCUUUUGUAUCUGGAUAUUCCCGUUAAUUCUGAAGCGGAGGAAGAUUUUAUGAAAAAUUCAGUGUCGUCCAGUAGUAGUAGAACGUCUGUUACAAAGUUUAAAUCAGCAUGCCUAAAUUUUAGAGUAAAAACCUUCACAUCUAAACAGGAGUGUACUGUAGUAACUAAUUUCAAUGACAGUGGAUUUUUUGAUACAUUAUGGUUUGCUGAGUUCAGGAGGCCUGUGGAUUUCUUUUCAUUUCAUAAGCAAUUGGUUGAUGCUGUUGAAUCGCUUAGCCCUGACCCAAGGAAUGAUCCCACGAUAUCUUCUGACAAUGUUUCCGCGGAUAAAACCAUAGAUGCUAUCGGAAAUUACGAUAUAAAUAUAAAAGAUUACGCAGAUAUUUAUAAGCAACAUGGUGUUUCUGAAUGUGAAUUUUCAAUACGAAAGAGUUUCCACUUUGAUGAUAUUGCCAAACACUCUCCCUUUAGAUUUGGGCCUAAUUUACGUUCUAUUUCCGCUGCAAAUGAGGUCACUGAUCAUAUUAAUAGUGAUUUUAUAAACCACUGUUAUAAGCAUCUUAACAAAUUUUUAAAUUCAAAGGUUACAACUAAGCUUCAUGAACGAUCAAAGCAGACAAGGACUCGUAAAGCUCUGGAGAAUAUAUCUUCGGUUAUGAAUCGUAUAACAAAUCAGGAAUUAUCAAAGCUUUAUUCAACUAAUCCAGUGAAAUGCGAAAACUAUGGCUAUAUGCUCUCCAUAUACUAUAAACAGUUCUUAAGAGUUAUGUAUGAUAAGAUAAAUCAAAAUUUGUGCAAGGCAUACAUAGCAGGAAGACAAUGUAUGAAUCGCAUGAGAAAUUACGAGAGUUUGGUGACAUAUUACAAAAACAGUGUGAAUAUCUCAACAUAA